AUGAAAAUUGGGACAACAACAACGCCCUCUAUCACAAAUGGAUCGGUCUCCCAGAGACAUAAAAGCGGCAACACCACCGAGACCACGCCUACUUUCACGGAGACCUCGCCUAUAUCCAGCAUAAACCAAUCAGGCACGACCAACAACAAGAAUAUCGAUAACGCCACUCAAACCACGGCUACUUCUACCGCGUCCACGCCCACAACCACCGGUGCCACGCCCACUCCUGGAGUUCAAGGAUGGAUCAUAGCCACUGCCGUGUCAACCAGUGUUGCUGGGCUGCUGAUUCUGUGCUGUGUUGGAGUCUGUGUGUAUCUGUGCUGUCAGGAUAAUGAAGAUUGCUGUCUGUGUUGUUGUUGCAAGGACUACGACGACUGCGAGGAAUGUCGAGAGGGAUGUAGAGAUUGGUUUUCUGAUUGUUGCGAAAACUGUUUCUCGAGGUGCGUAUGCAAAUCAGAUCCCGAAGCCACACCCAUGGUUGCACAAGCUGAAACGGAGAUUACAGAACCUGUUCAUUUUAUAUCUGUUCAUCUGCCAGACGGACAGAGUCUGCGCAUGUCCGUUAGGAGCACGGAUAAAAUUCGAGUCAUAAAGACCAAAGUCAUUGAACUUGUAAAUCUACCCCUUUAUUACGUGAAUGUAUAUCAUGGUCUUAUGCCGGGCGAAUCAGACAGUCUUGACGAAGACAUAUCUUUCACGGGUUAUGGCAUUUACUUUGGAACAGACCAAGAGUUUACGGUUACCUAUACCUCACAUAGUGUUCUUGUCCAAUUUGCCGAUGGCAGCCUUGAAGAACAAUCUUGGGAUCCCCUUCUUACCGUCGGAGAUUUUUUGAAUAUGAUUGAUCUUAAAUCACAAGCAGCACGCAAGGAUAUGCUUCUGAUAGAAGCCCAGUGGGAAGGAAGAGCUGCACUCCAAGAAUUGGUCGAAUCCGACAAGAAGACUCUUCUAUAUCGUCUGCGUAAAAUAAAGGUGUCUGUUUCAUUCCAAGUCGUGUUAAAGAUAAUAGGACAGAACACCCAAAUAUCGGUUAAAGUGUUCCCAACGGAUACAGUAAACGCAUUGGCGAAGAACUUUCUGAAGGCAGUUAUUUUCAUUUACGAAGGGACACAACUCGGGAGCGACAAAACGUUGAAGGAUUAUGGUCUCCAAGAAGGGUCGGUUGUGACUGUUGGCUGGUCAGUAAAGGUUUCUGUAGCACGUGGCGGUCAAAUAUAUAAAUACUCUUUGUUGGCAAGCAAUGUCGUCGGCGAACUUAAGCAGAUUCUGGCGGUGGAUACAGACAUUCAUCUUUUUGAACAACACCUUAGUUUCAAUGGUAACGUUCUUAGUGACGAUAAGAUGUUAGCCGAAUACCUGACCUCCAAAAUGGAAGAGGAAAUGGACAUCAUUCUUACCAGUCAACCCUGGAGAGUAUCAGUGCUGCUCCCUACCGGUACUUUGAGAGACUAUCAAGUUUCACCAAAUAACAACGUGGCUUUUUUGAAAAAUCAAAUAGAGGCAGACGCAGACAUUCCUGUUUCACGCCAGAUCCUACAAAUUGGUCGAAACGAUUUAGCAGACGACGGACUGCUCUGCGAUUCUAUAGUACCCUCCAGUAGUCUAAUCUAUCUGAAAGAACAGAUUGCCCUAAAGUAUUCCUCAAACUGGACACCUGUCAGUGCCAGAUGGAGGCCUUUCUUUGAAGAACUUCUGCAGGUCAGCGACGGGAACUUGAAGGAAGUGAACAACGUAUGUUUCAGCACAAAGAUCGACAGAUUUAAAAUUGGAUCCGGCAACAAAACUGAGGUGUUUCUGGGUAUUCGGCAUGAUGGGAGAGAGGUCGCCGUAAAAAGAUUCCCCAGGUCCAUGUCACAGAACUUCAAGAACGAGAAAGGCUUGUUAACUACAUUGGAUUCCCCAAAUAUCAUCCGAUAUCUUGAUAUCGCCAUGGAUGACGAGUUUCUGUACCUGAUUCUUGAGCUUGGAGAGUUUACUCUCAAUGAAUUCAUAUCUACAGAUGAGUACAAACAAAACCAGACCAACAUCUCCCGAGAACUCGUAGGGCAAAUCUUGGAAAGCCUCAGAACCUUACACACUGGGCACAACGUUAUUCACAUGGAUAUCAAGCCCCACAACGUUCUAAUAGAUAUCAGCAAUCGAGCAAAAUUGUCUGAUUUUGGCAUAAGUGUAGUCCUCCCGGAUAACCAGAGUACUUUCUACACUACUGCUAAAGGGACAUACCACUGGGUGGCAAAAGAGAUACUGGAUAGCGCCACUGGGAAAGUCAAAUACAAGAAAAAUGCCGAUAUUCAGGUAGCCGGGAUGUUAGUCUACUACACACUAACAGGUGGCAUACACCCAUUUAUGCCCAAUGGCGAGGCCGACGUGUUUCUGUGUAACAAGAACGUUCAAGAUGGAAAACAUGACCUUUCAGCCUUGGACGACAUCGUUGGAAAACAUUUAGUGGACUGGAUGCUGCAGCCAGACCCUGAGCUGAGGCCGACCAUUGAGGAGGCACUGGCGCACCCGUUCUUUUGGAAUGUGGAUAUGAGGUACCGUUUUCUUGGUGUGUUGGGGGACGAGAAGGAAGUGAAAGAAAGUUGGAAACAACAGCCACAUUCCGUAACGUUGACACUGGAUGGGUUGACGGUAUCCGUGUUUAACACAGUAGCACACUGGAAAGACUUGCUCGAUCAAGUUGUUUAUGACGAAGUUUCAAAACCAAUGAGAAAUGGCUACAGGUCUACCAUAUGCGGACUUCUUCGAUUUAUGCGAAAUGUGGACGUCCACCUUAAAGACCAACCGCCCACUAUACAAACCACUGUAGGUAAUCCCAUGACGUACUUCACCGCCAAGCUGCCUUUUGACGAGCUGUUCCUGAAGGUUUACAAAACGGUGAGAGACACCCGAUCUUCUGCUGAUGACUGGACUGUUAGAGGGUCACUGAAGGAAUUCUUUCCAGCAUAAUGUUAAUAAAUCAAGAUGCCAAAAUGGAAGAUGUAAGUCGUAAAGAAGCGACGCAAUAUGAGGAUUUCAACAGCCAUUUUGAUUAAAUUUUUUAUUCAAAAUUGACCUCAUAAGAGACUUAAGGGUAAGAUUUUGCCCUUGUAAAACUUUGAUCAAAAUUUGGUUUUACACUGGGAAUUUAAUGAUAGUAAUUUCUGCGAAGUUAUUAUAUUCAGCAACCAGAGAUCGCUGGCGGGCAGAGGAUUACGGGUCACAGCUGUAUAGGUGGGUUGUGCCAUAUGUUAAUAGCUUCUACAGUAGAUCGUAUUAUAGAUACUAAAGAUGUUAGAAAAUAUUUUAGUUUUUAUAGUUAAAAAAUCAACAAAAAGUUUUAUUGUGAAUGAAACAGCGAUUGCAACAUUCAUUUUCCACUUUGUAUUACAUGUAUCUUUUACCAAAUUACAAAUGUCAAUAUUAACCUAUUUUUAUUCUACAUUUUAUCAAAGUAGAAGUACCAUGUAUAAAAUUUAAAAGCGGUUUUGCCUCUAUGUACGUAUGAUACAUGUAUGUUUGAAUUGCUUACAUCCAUAAUGGUUAUUGCACAUGUUGCUGGGCGGCAUGUUGUUUCCAGUAAAUAUAUUUAGAAAUCUCGUUUCAUUAAAAUUCAAGCUUAAAUGAUCCUUCCAACGCAAUUGUUUUGGCCAAUUGUGGCCUUUCUUCUUGAAUUUAUUUUCAGAUUGAAAUAUACUUCCACCAACUUUUGUUAUAAUGGACCAGAAAGCGUUAGGCUGAUAUCUUGCAAGUACUAGUUUUUCAAAUAACUUUUAUUUUCA